AGCUCUGCCUCUGCAGCCCAGACCGACGUCGAGGAGCAGAGAGGAUGAUGGGGGAACCCGUGUGUGCCGUAGCGGACUGCAACACCAGUCGUAAAGCUAACUAUGAUGUUAGCUUUCAUUGUAUCCCCAAAAACUCAAGUGUUCGAAAGCAGUGGACAAAGUUUCUUGGUCACAGCAACAUAACAAGUAAAACCUUCUUCUGCAGUCAACAUUUCACAGAAGACUGUUUCACCAAUUGGCAUCAGAAAAAGAUGGGCUUCGCCACCAAAUUGAGUUUAAAGCCGGAUGCUGUUCCUUCAAUCAAGACACCAUCGAGUGGUCAGCCUGAAGCUUCACUGGUAAGUCAUUAUCUUACGUUCAGUGCUCAUGAUUGAACCGAGCCCACCUUGCUAACACUACGUUAGCUACUUCUUUAACUUUCAUUUCAUUUUUGUGUUAUAUUGCAUUCGUUUGGUUGUUCGAUUUUAUUUUGUCAUCAACGUAAUUUGUUUGGAUACAGUGUUAAUACUUGUUUAUUAGUUUUAUAUGUUAGGGCGGAGUGCAGAAGGAACAACGAAACACACAAAGAAUUAGCACUGAUAUUUAAAAACAACCCACGAUGCCCACCCGGAAAUAUUACCCUUACAGACAUAGAAAUGUAUAUAAACGCUAGAUGGUUUACGCACGCUUUAAGCCAAUGGAGACCGACGUCCGCGCAUGGCGGCCAUUUUGCUACGGGACGCUCGCCCACUCAUAACACUGCAUUCUACGGUGCAUGUAACAUUUAAAUAACCAUAGAUUACUUAAAUUCCAAUCAAUUUUCGAACGGUUUGGUUUGUAACAAAUCUCGAAGUUUUCGUUAUGUUCCUGCAUACUCAAGAAUAAUUUUACCCAUGGAUAGUCAUAUAUGAACACUUGAAAGAUGGAUAGAGCAAUAGCAAUAGCUAUAGGCCUACACACACAAGGUAGUUAUAUUCAAUCAUUUAUAUAUAAAUCAUUCAAUCAUUCCAUGUAUGUUGUAUUAGCGCUAUUUCUAUUUUAAGGAUAUAUAUAUAUAUAUAUAUAAUAACAUAUUGCAAUAACAUACAAAAAUAUAUUUUUUUAAAUAUAAGUUUCUGCCUCAUGUUUCCAUUUUAGAUGUUUUUACCAAACCAAACAGCUUGGAAAUCAUGUGCAACUUAAGUUAUGUUGAAUCAAAAGAGCAUUUCUGCCUCUCCAACUAAUGUAAAAUUGCUGGGUCAACUUUGUUAUAUAUAUUUAGUCACACUCACAGCGAGUCUUGUUAGCCAAGCUGAUAAACACAAGCACAUCCGCAAAGACUGUCACUUUGACUAAAUAAAUAAAUAAAUAAAUAAUAGCCUGUCAUAUAAGAAAUUAAAAUCUGGAUUGUGGUCUGCCUUGACAAUUCAUGCUAAGUGACUCAAAAGUUCACCCUUGCACGCAAAUAGCUGUGAAACAACUGCUUCAUGAUUAAGUCUUUUUUUUUUCUCAAGGAAAGCUGCUAUUUCAAUAUGUCCACGCAUCCCAACUCAUAUCCACGUUAUUAAGGUAUGUAAUAAUCAAAACCAUUCGUAAAUCUUUCAAGAUUUCACCGAGUUUAGAGUAUUUUUGAUCACGCAGAUUAAUCACCGCCCGUCAGCUACCAUAGCGCGUACCAGAAUGGUAUACUGGAGUAAGAUGGCCGCCGUGUAGGGACGCCGGUGACUUCGUUUUGAGUCAUCUAGCCUUUAUUAUAGAUAUCUUUGCCCAAAGACGCGUCCACCCGGAAGCUCCUCCAAAUUACUCUCCUUUCAAAGUUUUCCCUUAACCUCCUGGCUUUUCCCUGUGUUUGCAUAAUGUUACGGAAAGUUGCUCGUAAAUGUUUUUUCGGAUGCGAAGGAAGAGUACAGCUAUUUUCGAUUCCUAAAGACGCAGACACCAGAAAAAAAUGGGAAGUUUUGAUGUUUUCGGGACGAGCACCUCCGCACUCAAACAUCGCCGUGUGUGCUCGACACUUCACCGCAGACUCCUUCCGAAACAAAGGCCAGUACGAUGCUGGAUACGCCAGUCAACUAUUACUGAAAGUCGGGGCCGUCCCAUAUAGAAAUCCUCCUAAAGACGACUUAAAUGUUUUAGCUGUAAGUAUCAAAACAUCAAGUGGAAACGGACGAGGAGAGCUAGCUGAGGUGCUAACAGCUGGCCUGUAAAAGUAUUACAUUGCAAAAGCAUUACAUUCAAGCUGUUUUGCAUUUUAUUAACCUGUUAAUGUUGUUUUAACUUAGUAAAAUUUAGAGCAAAUGUUUUUGAGUCAAAUGUUUGUGCACUGCAACAGUAGUUGUUGUGUAAUGGAGUAAUCGUCAUGAUUAAUCUGUAAUUAAAUCCUGGUUCACCUCAAACUUCCUUAGAUUAAAUAGUGAUAAAACAGAAGUCCUCCUCAUUGGCGUCAAAUCCACUUUAUCCAAAGCUGACAGUCUCUCCCUUACUAUUGACUGUGCCUCAGUUUCCCCCUCCCCACAGGUCAAGAGUCUGGAUGUCAUCCUUGACAGCUCUCUCUCAUUUCAAGCCCACAUCAGUAAUUUUACCCGGUCUGCAAAUUUCCAUCUCCGCAACAUCAAUCGUAUCCGCCCCUCCCUUAUCCCUCAUACCACCUCAAUUCUCGUCCACAGACUUGUCACCUCCCGUAUUGAUGAUUGUAACUCCCUUCUCUUUGGCCCUCCUCACAAAUGUCUCUGUAAACUUCAACUCCCUCAUGUCACCACAUCACCCCCAUCCUUCAGCAGCUCCACUGGCUCCCAGAAUCCAAUUCAAAAUCCAUGUGUAUACAUUCAAGGCCAUCCACAAUCUUGCCCCUUCUUACAUCUCUGAUCUCCUUCAUGUAGAGCCACUUCUUCCUGCUCCUUCAGAUCUUCCUCCUCCAUCCACCUCACCGUGCCCCCUACCCGCUUCAGCCGCUCUGCUCCCCAUCUCUGGAUCUCAGUCCUACCUGACAUCCGUAAUAUCGACUCUCUCCCUCUCUUCAAAUCCAGACUCAAAACCCACCUGUUCAGUUUAGCACACUCCUUAUAAUUUACCUUGUCAUGUUUUUGUUUGUUUUAUUUAUACACACAUAUCUAUAUACCCCCCCCCCCCCCAUUUUGUUUUGUUUUCUCUGUUGUUUUUACUCUGUAAAGUGUCCUUCAGUGUCCAGAAAGGUGCUUUUAAAUAAAAUGUCUUAUUAUUAUUAGUCUCAUUUAAUUUCUGUGAAGACAUAACUCAUCCAUGAACCAUAUGAGAGUCUCCUUUUUUUGUCUCAUCAGAGUUCAUUACAGCCGGCCUUUCCAGCCAAAGUCAAUGUUGCGACGCAGACUACAGUCAUGAGGGUAUCUAUAGGCACGCAGUCUGGCUACUCUUGUUUUCAAAGGAAUGCUUGCACACAGUGGUCCUACAAAAUGCUGCAAAAGCAAGUGAAAACUAUAGGUAUGUAUGUAAUAUUGCAGUGGUAAUAUUGAGAUAAACACAUUGGUUGCAUCAAUACAAAGUAAAAGCUGUUACUUCUUUGUGAUUAAUCAGGAACCCAGACCAAAGGUGUCUCUGUCAGUGCUGGCACACAGGUGAACCCCUCAGUUGAGGCCCGUGAGACUGUCCUCGGUGUCAGACCUGCAAAGAGACGCCAUCUGGACCGGGAGGAGGAAGAGAUAAAGGAGGAGGAAAGCGCGACUGACAUCCAGCAGGCACGAAACUCUAUGUAUCUGCAGGACCUACCAAGGAAUGGUAAAUUGACAUCAAUUCAGAAAGUUGGUCACCCUUUCAUAGAAGCCAACUGAGCACGUGGAAAUGUAUGUUUUAUGGCAAGCUGGUAAUUUUAGUUGUGAUUUCUCUUAGAGUAGCAUUAGAUUUUGAUUGCUUUUGACACAAAGGCCGAUUAGAAGAACUUUUGGAUCUGUGGGAGAUUCAAUCUAAAUUGAGCUGUGCUCACCGUACACUACCAGAAAUACCCAAACUUCAAAUAUAUGUACAUAUUCUGUUUUGUUGCAUGUCAUAACUUUAUCUUUAGAUUCUUAAAACACUCUCGACCCAAAUGUUGGCAGGUAUGACUUAGAAUAUUGAUAUCAAGUGUCACUAUUUCAAUACUGGUUAAGCACUAACUCACAACUUCCUUUGAUUUGUCUUUGUGUACUCAAGUGAGUCCAGCAGAUGUCCAGCAGAUGAUGAAUGAUGAAGAGAAACUUUCUCUGGAGCAGCAGGAGACGGGCCCCACUCUGAACCAGACGGACUCUGAGCCCCCACAAAUUAAAGAGGAACAGGAAAGUGUGUUGUGCAGUCAUCAGGGAGAGCAGCUUCAAGGUGUGGAGGAGGCUGAUACAACCAAGGUCUUUUCCAUUGAUGUUGUUGUGAAAAGUGAAGAGGAAGAGGAAUUACAGUCGUCACAGUUUAAUCAAAGACCAGCUGGACUGAUGGAAACAGACACUGAUGAAGAUGCCUGUGGAGAACCAGCUCGGGACCCAUAUCCAGAGAGAAUUUUAGAACAACACAUGCGGGUCAAGACUGAGGACACUUCAGAGACUGAUGACAGUGAUGACUGGAGGGUGGCCAAAGAGCAUCAUUCAGGUUGUUCAGAGGGUGGUAAAACAUUCAGGAAAAAACGCAAUGUUAAGAGACACACAAGAAUUCACCAAGGAGAAAAACUCUACAGAUGCCACAACUGUCAAGAUGAUGACUUGAGAAGACACCAGUGUGUAAAAGAUCACGGUUCAGAGCAUGCGAAAAAUGAGGCAGCUAACGAGAAUGACUGUGUAGGUCCAGAAACAUCCAGGGGCUCCAGUCAAGAGAGACUUGUACAACCAGACACUGAGGACAAGACAGAUGACAGUGACGGAUGGGAGAAGACAACUGAACAUCAGUCAAGCUUAAACUCUGAGAAAAAAAGUGAUAAUGGGACUCCAAAGAAAUCACAUAGCUGUUCUUUCUGUGGUAAGAUACUAACAAAGAAAUGGCAUCUUACCCAACACAUGAGAACGCACACCGGAGAGAAACCCUUUGGCUGCUCUGUGUGUGGGAAGAGAUUUUACCAACAGGGGCAUUUGAUCUCACACAUGUUGAUCCAUUCAGGUGACAAACCAUUUGGCUGCUCUGAAUGUGGUAAAAGAUUCACGCAAAAGUAUUAUCUGACACUUCACAUGGCACAUCACAGGGGGGAAAAACUCCUCAGCUGCAGUACUUGUGACCAACGAUUCUCCUGGUAUUCACAGUUAAAAAAUCACAAGUGUGCAGGAGGUCAGGCUUCAGAGUUUUAUCAAAAUCAAACUGAUGAGACGGGAAUGGAGCAUGAUGGGGAGGAUCCAGACAAACAUCUACCGCCAGAGACAAAGGACUCUUCUGAACUUGAGACUGAUGAUGAGGUUUGACCAUAAAACUUCAGUCAGGUUUGAACUCUUUGAAAAAUGAGAAAGUCUCUCAUGAUGCAGAAACAGUUGACUCUGAUUCGAAAUAAAUUUACCACUAUGAGUUUCACAAAUUUCUUACAACAACCACUCUCUCAAGAUGCACAGAAUCACAAUCUUAGAAAUACAUUUUCUUGGUAUUGGUAUUUCAGAACCAGUUUAUAGAACGAGACUAAAUAAGAGACUAAAAAACACAGUAAAACCUCAAGGUGUCAAAUGUUUAUUCCACUUGACAGCUGUCCACUUCACUUUCACUUGCCAGGGAUGUAGGAACUUUAAAGGCCCCUGGAGGCAGUGGGGGCCCAAGAACCCUUUGACUCCUUUUAACACUGAAUUUGAGCUCAUUCUGAUGAUGUGAUUACUUUGCUUCUCUUGUGAAACACCAUAAGAAAUUAAAAUAAUAAACAAAGAGAGACAGGAAGAUUUGGCAAAAUGGCUAUUUACUAAAUUACUUUAAUUCAAAACAAAGAUAAACUCAGGGUAACCCUCCUCCUGUGUUAGGGUCUGCACCGACCUGUUUUUGAUUUUAAAUGCUUAAAACAACAACUUACAUUAGCUUUUUUGCAUCAAGACUCUUUGACUUUGUCAGGAACCUCUAUUUCAACAAAAUAAAAGUAAAACAAUUUAAUUGACGGAAUUAUAAAAUACACUUGUUGUGUAAGGGCCGCUGUUGACCCGGUUAGAUCAAUAUCUAAUAAUUAGAGCAAAAGCUGAAAUCAUAAGUGCAUUAUAAGGCAACACACUGACAGUCAGAUCCUUUUCCAAUCAUGUGAGAUUUAGGAAAUUCUCAUUUUGCCAUGUUUUUCCCUGCACAAAAAACAAUGUCGGGCAUGUCCAGACAUGUGAGAUCAGGGGUAUACUGACAAAAAAAGGCCCAGAGGCCAAAACCAAAAACUAUUAUAAGCAGUAUUUUCAUGGAUAAUGAGCCUAACAAGGUGACCUAGAGAUGAGAACCAAAUUGGAUGAUAGAGAAAUGUUUUUAGUGUAAUUUACAGCAGAUUUAAGACACAGGUCAAAACCAACCCUUAACAUGGUCGGUGCAUAGUGAAAGCUUACACAGGAGGAAGGGUAAACAGCAUUCAGUUUCAGUGUGUGGGAUCUUAUUGUAUAAACUAGAAUUCCUGGCAUCAUUCCUGUGUGCUAAAAAGUAAAACAGACUAAUUUUUUUGUUUAACGGUGUGAAGCUUGUAUUUUUUUGUCAUAAGUUUUCUGCUGCAUGUUUCUGCUUGAUUUAAUUGACUUUCAGUUUUUGCACUUUUGUUUCACCUGUUAUCAAGAAUUCUGUGUUUUUCUGUGUAUUAAAUGUGUUUUUGAAAAAA